UGGAAAGAAGGUCGACGAGUAGUGGACGGCACAUUAGAAAUAGUCGGACAGACGAUAAAUGUUAUCAAGUCUUACUGUCGGUCGCAGAGAGAGCAGAUGAAGUCACUCUGCUCACAGGAUAACUCGUGAUCCUUAUUGCGAAACAAGAAUCAACGUUUUCAUGUAUAAUGUACAUAUAAUGCAAAUAUUUGUCGUUCGAAAUACAAGUGCAUUGGUGUAUGUUCAUGAAUAAUUAUGUACGUGAAAUAAAAAAGUAUUUUAUACGUUGAAUCGAUAUUAUUAAUUAUAUGAUAACAACCGUUCGUGUCGAUAACAGUGAAUUUGUAAUAACAGUUUGGGAUAUCGUAAUAAAAAUUAUUUGAAUGAAUUUUAUAAGAUGUUCCACGUUGUCAGAAAAUUUAACCUUUCUUAAUAAUGUGAUUUCCUGAUGGCGAUAAAUAAUAAUCUCAGUUUUAUCGAUUAAAUAAAGAAAAAUACAGUGAUUAUCACAAUAAUCGGAGAUACCUUCUUUACGAAUGAUAAUCGACUUAAUGAAUCAUGUCGUUUCAAGAGAUUUUUUCAAAUGGAACAUCUACGGUCCUUUGGAUUGGUUAUGUAUGAACGAAUGUUUUAACGAAUUAUCUUUAACUUCGACUGAUACAUACUAAAACAGAGAUAAAAACGAUAAGUCAAGCGAAGUAACGAACAAAUAAGUGGAUGAAUGGACGAACGAAGUUACGGCUUAAAUGGUAUGUGUUAACCGGAUGUUAACAAAGAAAAUAUCGAUAAAAGAAGUGAGAGAAAAUCGAUAGAUUAACUAUAUCGAGCAAUCAGUGAUUGUUGAAUAAAGUGAUAGUUAUCAAUAGUGACUGUUUCGCUUGAUUAUGUGAUCAAAAGCAGAAACCUUCUGUCACACGGAAUUUUCAAUCGUAACACGUGCCAAGUCGAUUUCAGUUCAAUUCGUAAUCACGAUCGAACGUGCGGGUUUCAAAAAUUCUCUCGUCGUUAAAAAUGAAGAACUCACAUGACGAUACAAGAAAAAAGGCACCGGAUGGUGGUUGGGGCUGGUUCGUUUGCCUAGGUAGUAGUUUAAUCUCGCUCUCCUUGAGGUCGUUGGAUCCAUCUUUUGGUCUUCUCUUCCAAGAUCUUUUGGAAGAUCUCCAUAUCGAAUCUACUGGAACGUCAAUGAUAAUGAGCGUACUUGACGCUAUCGUCAAUUUUUCAGGUCUUUUUGUUGGACCAUUGUUGAAGAAAUACUCUUACAGAAAGGUCGCAUUCUUUGGCUCACUUCUGAGUUGCACAGCACUUAUGUUGACAUCCAGGGCGAACAGCAUGUUUUAUUUGAUAUGUACUUAUAGUAUUUUAGGAGGCUUUGGUACAGGAAUUGCGAUCGCGUCCGCCUUCGUAGCCUUGAACACUUUCUUCGACAAGAAACGCGGACAAGCAGUGGGCUUCUCAAUGGCUGGAACAACCUUGGCAAUGAUGUUGGUACCGCAGCUCGUUCAUAUACUUCUAAGAUCGUACGGAUUUCGUGGAACAAUGUUGAUUAUAAGUGCAUGGGCACUUCAUUCGGUAGUAGGUGCCUGUCUUUUGAGGUCUUUGGAAACUAGAAAAGAAAUCUCAAUUCCUAAAAAAAUCAUUGAGCCAAAGGAGAAGGAUGCUUUGCUGCAAAAUUAUUCAAUGUCACUGCGUAAAGUGACGAAUGACACGAGUCGUGAUACGGACGGCAGAAAGAAAAAUGAAACGAAGAACGAUUCAAAAAUCAUCGAGGUCGAGGACGAUGAGAAUGACAAAAAAACAACGUGUUUUGGCAAAAUAAAGAAAACCUUCGAUUUGGAUCUUCUCAAAGAUACGGUCUAUCUGAAUGUAAUUAUAGGUACUAGCCUUUAUUACGUGGCAGAAUCAAAUUUCAAGUUGAUGACUCCAUUUUUCCUCUCGAGCAUCGGAAUGACCAAGGCGGAAGUCGCUUUUUGUUUAUCCCUCACUGCCUUUACGGACAUCCUCGCACGUCUGACGUUACCAACAAUCUUCGAUAAGUUUGGCUUGAAGAAGAGAUCGAUAUUUUGGAUUUGUUCGAUCAUGGUUGGUUGUGGACGUUCCGUAUUGGCCGAGCGAACGAAAGGAACAACUUUAAUAGUGAUAUUCAUAAUAAUAGGAUUUUUGCGUGGAGCUACUUUGGUCAAUUUAAACCUCAGUAUCUCUGAAUGUUGCUCCUUGAAGAGACUCCCUAGUGCUUUCGGAAUAUUUAUGGUUUCAAAGGGUAUAUUCGUUGUUGCUAUGAGUCCACUUAUCGGAUACAUACGAGACUACACGCAGAGCUAUAGAGUAUGCAUUCACGUAAUGACGAGCCUGAUCAUUCUGACUUUUGUCUCGUGGACCGUCGAGUUCUCAUAUUUCGGCCUACGUAAAAGGAAACGCGACUUGAUUGAAGAAACACAUAAGAGUACAAGAGAAAAAAUUUCGAAACUGAUCGAUAAGAUCGAUAUCAUGACUCGGUGUGAAGCUGACAGAGGCUGGGCUUGGAUGAUCGUUCUUGGUGUCACCAUUAUUAACCUAUCUAUACUGCCGAUUCAACAAUGUUAUGGUCUUAUUUUUGGAAAACGUUUUACGAGUCUCGGUAUCAGCGCAACGCAAACAUCCUUGAUACUUCAUUUAAACGGUACAAUAUGCUGCAGCCUGGGUUUGAUAAGUGGACCCAUGAUGAAAAAAUUCUCAUUUCGCAAAGUCGCUUUUUUUGGUAGUUUCACAAUCGUCAUUGGAAUAUCUACUACUGCAUUCGCUCUCUCUCUUCCUACCAUCAUUGUAGGCUAUUGCGUUAUUAUAGGAAUCGGACAAGGUAUCAUCUAUCCAGCAUCGAGUUUAGCAUUGAACACGUAUUUUAGAAAAAAACGUAAUAUAGCAAUGGGACUUUGCGUAACAUUGACCGGUCUUGGUCCUAUUCUAAUGCCACUUUUAAUAGUGAAGCUUUUAGACGCAUACGCUACUACGGGAACUUUAAUAAUUUUCGCUGGAAUCGCUGCGAAUUCUUUCGUAGGUGCUUGCUUGUUAAGACCGUUUGUAAAUAACGACGGUCUUAAUAAAAAAAUAAAAACUGAGGAUUAUAAUGUGAAUAAUGUGGCUACACUGACAAAUGAAAAUGAAAGUGACGUCGAAAAAUAUGUUGUCGAGUGCCAAUUAUUGAACGACCAAGAACAAAUUAAAAAACAAGAAACUCUAGAAAAGAUUUUUAAAGAAACAAAGACGAAAACGAAACGUAGUUUUUUUCAAAAAAUCUCAACUAACUUAGAUCUCAUACUUUUACAAGAUUUACGUUAUAUUUUUGUGGUGAUAGGUAUGGGCAUGUCUUUGGUAGCUGAGACGAACUUCAAUGCGUUGAUACCUUUCGUCCUCGAAAAAGUAUCAGGAUUAAAAAUAAAGGAGAUUGCAACUAUAAUGUCUAUCCAAGCUGCCUUUGAUAUCGCUGGACGUCUUUGUGUUCCUCUAAUCGCACAAAAAGCCCACUGGACUCCAAGAAAUCUUUACGUGAUAUCCUUAAUAGGAUCUACAUUUGGAAGGAUGAUUCUUUGUACCUGGGGUGAUGAUUACGUCGUCGUAAUUCUAGUUGCUGUUAUCGUAGGAAUAGCAAAGGGUACAAAGGCUGUUUUUCAAACUCUGAUCAUACCAGAUUACGUUCCAUUGGAAAGGUUACCAGCAGCAUCUGGUAUUCAAAUGGUUUGCAAUGGCAUUUUGUCUAUUAGUCUGGGACCAAUCAUAGGCAUGGUGCAUGAUUUAACUGGAAGUUACAUUGGUUCUUUGCAUUUCACAUCCGCGAUGAGUAUGUUUUGCGUAUUUUUGUGGCUACUCGGAGGACUUUGGUCUCCUUUUGGUAAACAUGUGAAAGUAAAAAAUAAUGGGGACACGCCGAAUGAGAGAUGUUUGGCGGAAAAUCAAAAUGAAAGUCAGGAUAUUCGAUGAUAUAUUCAGUUUUAUACUAUAAAUUUAAAAAAAAAAAAACUAUUUCUUAUAAAAUCAAAAAAUUCACAACAUUCGUCAAUUCUCGUACAUCACCUCUUCAGCGCGAAUAUGUGAAAUACUUCAAUAUAAAGGAAUCUAUAUAUUUGUAUAUAAAAAAAGAGUGUUACAAAAAAGAAUUCAAUAUAAUAUUAAAAUGGAAGUUUUUAAAAAGUUUGUUUUUCAUUGAAAAUAGAAGUUUCAAAAAUCGUCAUUUUAAAACGAAAACAUGUAGAUCAUUGAAUAUAUCUUACAUGAAUAUAUCUUAAACAUUUAAUGUAUCCAGAUUUUUAUUAAUGAUCUAUAAUAUUUUCGGGGUCGAUUAUCUCUAUCUCUAAUAAGUAAGCAUUCGUAAAAAAAUUGGCUUAAGAGCCUGAAUAGCUUAGUGGUUUAAAAUAGUUAUCCAAGUUCAGAUAACAUUUCUAAUCAUCAGCAGAUUUAACUUUUAUUACAAAUCACACAGAUUAAUACUAUAGCAGCAAUUACGAAAUCCUUAUUAAACAGUACAAAAAGAAAUUAAGAAUUUUUAAAAGAAUAUACAUACAUUUUUGUGAUAUUAAAAUAUAAUGCAUGUGUGAUAACGAAAGGAAAACGUGUAAAACACUAUUUAUAAACAUUAAAAUAAGAGUAUGAUAAGAUAAAUCUUAAUAAUUCUUUAUUUGUUAGAUAGGAUGACCAGGAAAAAGUUACUGUCAUUGUCAGAAUCGAAAAUCAUUCAUAAAUUUGUCAAAGUCAAUUUCCAAUUUUUCUAUCCAUGUUGACUACAUUUUUUAUUCAACUUGAUAGAUACUGUAUAUAUAUCCUUUAAGUUUUUAACCCUUUUUUAACACUGUAUAUGGUAUUUAUGAUAUCAGAUGUUAAUGUUUAAAACAACUUGUACGAUGUGCAAAUAUUCCUAAGUAUUCCUAAUUUCUAAAAUGAUUUUUUUUUCAUUGCAAAAAUGAAAUAGUACUGAUAGAAGAAAUUAUAAGGAUCGUCCGAUGUGCAUUCAGUUAUCAAGCUAUAUUUUAUUUAUUUACUGUCUAUCGAAGCCUCGUUAUAUAAACGUGCAAAAAUGAAUCUUCGUAUAAAGAAUAACAAUAUCUGACGGAAUAUAUAUAUAUAUAUAUAUAUAUAUA